AUGGGAAAAUUUGUUUUGACUUUUCUGCUUUUUCUCCUCAUCAUAAACAGUGUUUUUUCUUGGAAAAAAGAAGAGUUUAGGGACUGCAAUCAGACCCCAUUCUGCAAACGGGCCCGAUCUCGCAAACCGGGCUCUUGCUCUUUGGUAGCCAUUGAUGUCUCUAUCUCCGAUGGCGAUCUUGUGGCGAAACUCAUCCCAAAGGAAGAAACCGAUGAAAAUAUGGGAAGUGGGGAAAAGCUCACAAAGCCGCUUCUCCUCACAAUAUCAGCCUAUCAGGACGGCAUAAUGAGGGUGAAGAUCGACGAGGACCAAAGUUUAGGUCCGCGUAAGAAAAGAUUCGAGGUGCCUGAUGUGAUUGUGCCCGAGUUUUCAAACAAAAAGCUCUGGCUACAGAGGCUGAAGGAGGAAGAAAAUGAGGAAGGGUUUUUAUCAGUCGUUUAUCUCUCUGACGGGUACGAAGCCGUGAUUAGGCGUGGGCCGUUUGAGGUUUAUGUUAGAGAGACUGGUAAAAAUUCGAAGAAGAUUCUGUCGUUGAACUCAAAUGGGUUGUUUGAUUUCGAACAGUUGAGGGAGAAAAAAGAGGAAAAUGAAGAUUGGGAGGAGAGGUUCAGAAGCCACACCGACUCUCGGCCUCACGGUCCUCAGAGCAUUAGCUUUGACGUGUCCUUUUACGAGGCUGAUUUCCUGUACGGAAUCCCGGAACACGCCACUAGUUUAGCCUUGAAGCCCACCAAGGGGCCCGGGGUCGAAGAUUCAGAGCCAUACAGACUCUUCAACCUCGAUGUAUUCGAGUACGUUCAUGAUUCUCCUUUUGGGCUGUACGGAUCCAUCCCUUUCAUGAUCUCACAUGGGAAAUCGCGCGGUAGUUCGGGCUUUUUCUGGCUGAAUGCGGCUGAGAUGCAGAUCGAUGUUCUUGGGCCAGGGUGGAAUGAUAACACCUCUUCCGUCUUGAGGCUGCCAUCUGAUCAGAAGAGGAUCGACACCUUGUGGAUGAGUGAGGCAGGUGUGGUGGAUGCUUUCUUCUUCAUUGGGCCGGGCCCAAAGGACGUGGUCAGGCAGUACACAAGCGUGACUGGGACAUCAGCCUUGCCACAGCAUUUUGCCACGGCUUACCACCAGUGCAGAUGGAAUUAUAGAGACGAGGAGGAUGUUUACAACGUCGACUCCAAAUUUGACGAGCAUGACAUCCCUUACGAUGUUCUGUGGCUUGACAUUGAGCAUACAGACGGGAAGAAGUAUUUUACAUGGGACCGUGUGCUGUUUCCUAACCCGGAUGAUAUGCAGAAAAAGUUAGCUGGGAAAGGGAGGCACAUGGUGACUAUAGUGGAUCCUCACAUCAAGCGAGACGAGUCAUAUUACAUACAUAAGGAGGCUACCAGUAAAGGAUAUUAUGUGAAGGAUUCGACUGGGAAGGACUUUGAUGGAUGGUGCUGGCCUGGAUCCUCAUCAUAUCUGGAUAUGGUGAAUCCGGAGAUUAGGUCUUGGUGGGCUGAGAAAUUCUCAUACGAUAACUAUGUUGGUUCAACCCCAUCAUUGCAUAUUUGGAACGACAUGAAUGAACCUUCCGUGUUCAAUGGCCCUGAGGUUUCAAUGCCAAGAGAUGCUUUACACUAUGGGGAUGUUGAGCACAGAGAGUUGCACAAUGCCUAUGGCUACUAUUUCCACAUGGCUACUGCCGAUGGACUUGUCAAGCGUGGUGAAGGCAAAGAGCGACCUUUUGUUUUGUCAAGAGCCUUUUUCCCUGGAACCCAAAGGUAUGGAGCAGUCUGGACUGGAGACAACACUGCUGAAUGGGAACAUUUAAGGGUUUCUGUUCCGAUGGUUUUGUCACUUGGUCUUACAGGGAUAUCAUUUUCCGGUGCUGAUGUUGGUGGAUUUUUUGGUAACCCUGAUACUGAGUUGUUGGUUCGGUGGUAUCAGUUGGGUGCUUAUUAUCCCUUCUUCAGGGGGCAUGCUCAUCAUGAUACCAAAAGGCGUGAACCCUGGUUAUUUGGAGAACGAAAUAUGCAACUCAUGAGGGAAGCCAUACAUGUAAGAUACAUGCUACUCCCGUACUUCUACACAUUAUUCAGAGAGGCAAAUGUCACGGGUAUCCCUGUUGCUCGUCCACUUUGGAUGGAAUUUCCUUCUGAUGAGAAUACAUUUAGCAAUGAUGAGGCAUUUAUGGUCGGGAACAGUCUUUUGGUACAAGGGAUAUACACAGAGCGAGCUAAACACGUGUCAGUGUAUCUUCCUGGGGAUCAAUCUUGGUAUGACAUGAAAACUGGAACUGCUUAUGAGGGAGGAAAAACUCAUAAACUGGAGGCUUUAGAGGACGGCGUACCUUCUUUCCUACGUGCUGGUACCAUCAUACCAAGGAAAGACAGAUUUAGACGAAGCUCAACACAAAUGGAAAAUGAUCCUUAUACUCUGGUUAUCGCACUCAACAGCUCCAUGGCUGCCGAAGGCGAGCUUUAUGUAGAUGAUGGGAAGAGCUUUGAAUUUAAAGAAGGCGCAUACAUCCACCGUCGUUUUACAUUCUCAGACAGGAAGCUUACUUCUUCAAGGAUGGGCCCCUCAACAGCUAACAGCAACAAAUUUGCCUCAGAUUGCACUAUUGAUAGAAUAAUUGUUUUAGGUCUAUCUCCUGCACCUAGAAAUGCACUCGUUGAACCAACAGAUGAGAAGACAGACGUUGAAUUGGGCCCACUCUUACUUGGAGGAGGGAAGGGCCCGUCUGUAUUAACCGUCCGCAAGCCCAAUGUGCGCAUCACAGAUGAUUGGUCCAUCAAGCUUUUGUAA